AUGAUCGACAAGGACGGACUAGUCAGGGUUGGAGGACGCUUGCACCACUCGCAAUUGUCCACAGAGGCGAAACAUCCAGUUUUGCUACCGAAAUCUCAUCGCAUCACCAAGCUGAUACUUGAAUACGAACACAGGGUCAACCUGCACCCUGGCGUCUCAUCACUCUUUGUUAUGGUACGUCAAACAUUCUGGAUAUUUGGCGCAAGGAACUUGAUAAGGAAAGUCACACACGACUGUUUGGCUUGUUUUCGACAGCGGCAUCAUACAUCACAACAAAGGAUGGCUGAUCUACCCAGCAUUCGUGUCACUCAGGCACUUCCAUUUGUAAACACUGGAUGUGACUAUGCUGGUCCAAUCCUUCUUAAGGAUGGAAAGGGGCGCAAACCGCGCAUUGGUAAGGGCUACAUAUGCCUAUUUGUUUGUCUGGUCACAUCGGCAAUCCAUCUGGAACUUGUAACGGACUUGAGCACCGACUCAUUCUUGGCCGCGCUAAGACGUUUCGUCUCUUUGCGUGGCAAGUGCAACAAAAUCUAUAGCGACAACGGAACGAAUUUCAUUGGAGCUAAACGCUCUCUUGAUGAAAUGCAGAAGCUGCUGGCAUCUCAACCACACAUCGAAAAGGUUAGGAAUGCUCUGGCGAAUGAUGGCAUUCAAUGGGUAUUCAUUCCACCACAUGCUCCUCAUUGGGGAGGAAAAUGGGAAUCUGCAGUCAGAUGCGUAAAGCUGCAUAUUCGCUGA